AUGGAAAAUGAGCUACAUAAGUGGAAUGGAAAAGAAUGGAAAGAACUACCGGCUUGCAGGUUCUUCUGUGAAAAGACAGCACUGCAGGAUGUCAGAAAGCAACCGCAGGACAUGCAUGAAAAAUUUAACAAAUUAAAAGAAGAUUUUGUCUAUAAUCUGAGAAUUUUGGAAGAGAGAGAUAAAGAGUUAGAAUGCUAUGAUGUUGUGGUCACUCACCUGAAAGCUUCUGAAAAUGCUAAAAAGGCAGAGAUUAGUGAUCUUAGAAUACAGCUAGAUAAACUGGAGCAAGCACUUGUGAAGGAAAGAAAAAAACGAGAGGAACUUUAUCGCUAUCAACAAAACCUUAAAGACCAUAAAUUAGAGCUCAAACAAUCUUGCAGCUCUAAGAACAGCAAGAUGGGACAUCAGUGUGAGGACUAUGUGAGUCUGAAACAUGUCAUGGAAAGAAAACUCCAAGAAUUGGAAGGAGAGCUUGCCUGUCAGAAACAGGAACUGCUAUAUGAAUUCGAUGCAGAAAUGAAAAGACGAGAAUGUGAGUUUCGACAACAGACAAACGAAAUGAGUAACUUAGUUCUGUCCCAUGAGGUUAAAGUUAAAUUGCUGACCAAAGAACUGGAGGCCCUGAAAGAGACUGGAAUGAAAGCUGCAGAAUCACUGCAAAGAGCAGAAACUCUGACACUGGAGAAAGAGAUCAAAUUCAAGGAUUGCAAAUGUAAAGAUUCUGUAGCUGUGAAAGAUGCUCGAAAUGAAGUACUAGAUCAUACUGCCAAAGAAAAGGUUGUGUUGCCAGCUUCAAUGAAAGAAGCACAAGCUGAACAGUUACAAAACUUGGAGAAACAGAUUAGGGAACUUCAAAUGAGACACAGGAUUCUGGAAAUGGAGCUACAUAGAAGAGAAUGGAGUCAUUGUGCUUGUUUAAGUGAGAAAGAUGCAAUUAUCGAAAAUCAAUCAAUGUCAAUGCAAGAAGAAGAGAAGCUGUUGAGAGUACAGUUGGCAAAAUUCCAGGAAGAUGCAGAAUGGUAUAAACAACAACUGGCUCUGGCAGCUGAAGGAGAACAGAUCCUGCAACACAGGAAAGCACAAGAAGAACUGGGCUGGCGGCAGCACUGUGAGAAUGCUGAAAGAAAUCAGUAUCAAAAAUCACAGGAUCUGAUACAAAGCCUGUCUUCAGCAAGCGAGCAGAUAUUUCAGUGUGAUGAUAAAAGAUCUCUUAACAAAGAUUUUCCUACCUUGGAAGUACAAAAACUUCAGAAGCAGAAUGACAACCUUCGAGCUACUAUUACACAAAUGAGGAAAGAAAUGGAGAGUCUUCAUGAGCAAAUGCUGCCCCCUUGUCCUCAAAUAGAAAACAGGCAGUUUGCAGAGCAGACUAACACUGACAUAACUACAGAAAUCUCAGCAGGCUCAUCUGGUAAUGAGGUGGAAUGGGAUGAAGGUUCAUUGUGUACAGACAAAGUUUCCACUAGAACCACUUUAAACAAUAUCAAAGUGAGUUCAGCUAACUUGGAUUUAAUGGUAAAGCCACACAAAGAAAAGGACCCAAAACCCAAAGUCCUUAAAGAAAGGAUGGUAGACCAUUUGCAACAGUUGUCUGAUACAGAGUUGAGUGAUGGUCUUCCAUACGGUAUGGGUUGCAAUCUACUAGGAAUACGGAAUAAACUGAAGGAAGCGGUGAGAAAAAUCUUGCUUUUGAGUCAAGAGAAACAGCAGCUAAUUGAAAUGGGAAACAAGCUCAGAGCAGAACUUGGAAUGGUAUCAAAGAAAGGACUUUGGCUUCCUAAUGGCUCUAAGUGCUGCACAGUUUGUGUUGCCUCUAGCAGUCUUUUACCAAGAGAGCUUAUAAAAAGAGCACAGUGUCAGCUUUCCGCUUUAGAGCAUCUACAGUGCAAGCUUGCAACACAGGUUCAGCUAGAUUCCUCUAUUGAAAAUUGUGGGGCAGCACAACAAAAGGCAUGUACAUCCUCAGCACUCGUUGAAAGUCAGCCACUCGGGGAGAGUCUUAGUCAAGCCCAGCAGGUCUGGCUUUCUUCAUCUAGAACAACUAGUUCCUGCCAAGAUACUUGGCACGCUUUAGAAACGAAAUCAAGUCCUUCUAUUCUCAGUCCUCAAAACAAUACCGGCCAAGGAGCGGAGCUUGAAGUUAUGUAUACAACUGAAAUGUCUCAAGAAUUUCAGCAAAAUAUCAAAGCCAAUGAUAAAGCUGAAAUGCCAGCUACACAUUUGACAGUUACAGGAGCCAAGCUGGAAGUUCAACAGAAA